AUGCAGGAUCCGUUUGAUAUUCUUCACAGGUAUUAUCAGCCUGGAGACAUCAUCUUUGGAAGCAUUGGUUCUCAGAGCAUAAUCCUUUCCAGUGCGAAGGCUUUUGACCAACAACCUCCCCAGAAACUAUCUGAAGAAGCAAUGUAUUAUCAGCCUGGAGACAUCAUCUUUGGAAGCAUUGGUUCUCAGAGCAUAAUCCUUUCCAGUGCGAAGGCUUUUGACCAACAACCUCCCCAGAAACUAUCUGAAGAAGCAAUUGCAGUGACUAAGAACUACCAGCACAUCCUGGCCUUCGUGUUUGCUAUAAAUGAGAUCAAUGAAAACCCCAAGAUCCUACCCAAUGUCACCCUGGGAUUUCAUAUAUAUGACAUCUACUCCAAUGCUGCAUUCACCUAUCAUGCUACAAUGAAACUUCUUUCAACAAGAGACAGAUUUAUCCCCAACUAUAAAUGUGACUUCGAGGAUAAUCUUCUUUCAGUCAUUGGGGCACUUCACUCAGAAACGUCUCACCACAUAGCUAAUGUUUUGAGAAUCCACAAGAUUCCACAGGUAGGAUAUUGUCAUGGGACACUUCAAACUGAAUUCCUUUCCUCCUAUCGAAUGGUCCCAGAUGAUAUCCUCCAGUACAUGGGGAUUCUACAGUUACUCAUUCACUUCAAAUGGAUAUGGAUUGGAUUCAUUGCCAACGACAAUGAUAAGAGAGAAAUAUUUGUGCAUGCCAUGCUUCCCUUAUUUUCCCAGAAGGGCAUCUGUUUAGCCUUUGUAGAAACAUGCCCUUCAAGUCUGAGUUUUGAUGAAGACGAUGAGAAUGGAGAAGUAAUGAAAAAAGCGAUUGAAAUAUACAACAGAGUCAUGAGCAGCACAGCCAAUGCAUUGGUGUUCUAUGGAGAAGCAGAUUCCAUAAUCUUUUUGAGAUGGGUACUAUUUCUACCAGAGGUGGACGACACAAUACAAAAGCCAAAAGGUAGGAUCUGGAUCCUGACAGCGCAGAUGGAGUUGAAAUCAUUUGUUCACCAACGGCAUUGGGAUAUCCAAGUCCUCCAUGGUGCUCUAUCUUUUGCAAUCCACUCCAAUGAGGUACAAGGGUUCAAGGAAUUUCUUCAGGGCAGAAACCCUUCCAGUACAACGGAAGAUGGUUUUAUCAGAGACUUCUGGGAACAGGCAUUUGGCUGUGUAUUCCCAAACUCUGCUUUGGAUGAUGUGGUGGGUGAUAUUUGUACUGGAGGUGAGAGUCUGGAGAACCUUCCUGGGCCUUUUUUUGAAAUGAGCAUGACUGGUCACAGUUACAGUAUCUAUAACGCUGUCUAUGCAGUGGCCCAUGCUUUACAUGCCCUGCUUUCAUCCAGAUCCAAAUAUAUAACAAUGGCAGAAGAAGAAAGAAGGAAACUUCAGAAUAUUGUACCGUGGCAGAUCCACCACUUUCUGAAACAAGUCUCAUUUAACAACACUGCUGGGGAUGUAGUUUCCUUUGAUCAAAAUAGAGUAUUAAUAGGUGGAUUUGAUAUUGUAAACUGGGUCACAUUCCCAAACCAAUCUUUUGCUCGAGUAAAAGUUGGAAAGAUGGAUCCUGAAACCCCAAUUCCAGAGCAAGAAUUCACUGUUAAUGAAGAUGCCAUUGUGUGGCACAGCUGGUUUAACCAGGUGCAGCCCCUUUCUCUAUGCAACGAUCACUGCCAUUCAGGUUAUAGCAAGAAAAAGAAGGAAGGACAGCUGUCUUGCUGUUAUGACUGCAUUCUGUGUCCAGAAAAUAAGAUAUCAAAUGAGAGAGAUAUGCCUGACUGCUUUCAAUGCCAAGAAGAUUAUUAUCCAAACGAGGAUAAAAAUGCAUGCAUUCCCAAGCGUAUACACUUCUUGUCAUAUGAGGAACCUUUGGGGAUCAUCUUAGCCAUUGGUGCUCUCACAUGUUCAUUGAUCACAGCUCUAGUGCUAGGGAUUUUCAUGAAGCACCAUGACACCCCCAUUGUGAAAGCCAACAACAGGGAGCUCACCUACACUCUCCUCAUCUCCCUUCUGCUCUGCUUCCUGUGUGCUUUGAUAUUCAUUGGCCAACCUCAGAGAGUGACGUGUCUCUUCCGACAAACUGCCUUUGGCAUCAUCUUCUCAGUGGCUGUUUCUUGUCUACUGUCAAAAACGGUGACUGUGGUUCUGGCUUUCAUGGCUACCAAACCAGGAUCCAGGAUGAGGAAGUGGGUGGGGAAAAGAUUGUCCACCUCCCUUGUUCUUUCUUGCUCACUUAUCCAAACAGGGCUUUGUGUUGUAUGGUGGGAAACCUCUCCCCCAUUUCCACAUACUGACGCUCAUUCCAUGAAUGAUGAAAUUUUAUUAGAAUGUAAUGAAGGCUCCACUAUCAUGUUUUACUGUGUCUUGGGCUACAUGGGUUUCCUGGCACUUACCUGCUUCAGUCUGGCUUUCUUUGCCAGAAAGUUACCUGACACUUUCAAUGAGGCCAAGUUUAUCACUUUCAGCAUGUUGGUAUUUUGCAGUGUGUGGCUGUCCUUUGUUCCAACCUAUCUGAGCACCAAAGGAAAAUAUAUUGUUGCUGUUGAGAUCUUCUCUAUUUUAGCUUCCAGCUCUGGGUUGCUGGGCUGCAUCUUUCUCCCCAAGUGUUACAUCAUUGUAAUGAAGCCUCAGCUGAACAAUAGGGAACAACUAAGAGGAAAAAAACCUUGA